AUGGACUUGGGAUUCGGAAGUCAGAACCAUACAAUCGGCAAUGCCGCCGCUCAGGCACUUUUGGAAGGAGCCAAAGCACAAGAGGAAACUGUAGAAGCCGAACUUGCCCGUUUCGAUCGACUCUUGGACGACGAAGAAGGCUUGGAGGAAAUACGACGCCAACGCAUUGCUCAGCUGCAAAAGAAACAUUCCCAACAAAAGAAAUGGAGAGAUUUGGGACAUGGCUCAUACCAAGAACUUGGUGGAAGUCAUGAUGCUCGUGACGUGGCCCGUGACUUUUUCCAGGCAUCAAAAGAAAGUGAUCGUAUGAUUGUUCAUUUCUACCGACCGAGUACACGGUACUGUGACGUCUUUCAUGCUCAUUUGGAAAAGUUGGCGCCGAAGCAUAUGGAAACCAAGUUUGUGAAGAUCAAUGUAGAAGACUGUGAUCACCAAGGCGGUGGUGCAUCGUAUUUGGUGGAAAAACUUGGAAUUGUGAUCAUGCCAACCCUUCUACUAGUAAAGAAUCGAAAGGCAAUUCAUCAUAUUCAAGGUUUCGAUGAAGUUGGUGGGACAGAAGAUUUUUCGGCCACUAUGCUUGCGUACGUGCUCGGACACCAUGGUAUUAUUGAUCCAUCCGAUGACGAAGACGCUUCGGAGGAGGUUUUCAAAAUGAAAGGAGUCAAUUCCAUCAGAUUAAAUAAAGGGGCUCGCCGGGGUUACCACUAUGGUGACGAAGAGUUUGACUAA